AAUUUGACAAGUUUGCCAAAUUGACAAGUUUGAUGUCAAUAAAGGUUAUGUUGUAAAAGCAAUAAAUAAGAUUAAAAAACUUUCCAAUAACAAUGAAUAAAUCAUUGGAAGAAGGAGAGUUAAGUGACGAUAGCGAUUGUUACACUCCACUACAACGUCCAGAAAACUACUCAAGUUUUUCUUCAUCCAUAAUAAAACCUCAAGCACCCUGCAAUGAUUCAGAAUCUGAUUAUAAAAAAACAUCGAGCGACUCAAACAGUGAUUCUGACGAAGGUAUAAAACAAAAGCGCCCCAAAUUAAAACCAAGACCCAGGCUGUUAGCAGCAACAAAACCGGUAAAUCAUAAAUAUAACAUUUGGAAUAAUCGAAUUCAAGAAGAGGUGCUUGUUGACACAUUAAAUACGUGUGAUGUUACUAAAAAAAAUCGAUCGAGGGAUGUUGAAUCUUACGAUUUUCCCGUUCGCGAGAAUUUUAAUGAAAACUUUAAUGGAAGGAGAGAUUUACGGGAGAUUUUAACCAGGAAAAAUAAAGAAAAAGGUGAUGUUAAAGCAAAUGAAAGGGUGAAUAAUAAAAGAAAUAGGAAGGAUCGUAAAAAUAAAAAUUUGAGGUUAAUUGGAAAACAGGAGGAGGAGGAUGAUGAAGAUGGAAGAGGCGCUCCAAGAAUUUUAAUGGAUUUGAUUAUAAAUGAAGGAAAUACUUGUGAAGAAAUUGCAAGGGAGUUGGCUAAUAAGUUAUCAGAAACUAAAGAGGAUUUAUUGCUAAAAAUCGUAAAUGUAUUAGGUGUUGAAAAAUCCGUAAAAAUUUUUAUGGAAGUUAAAAGAAUCGAAGCAGAGGGAGGAAUGUUAAUUAUGAAUCAAUCACGAAGACGAACUCCAGGUGGAGUUUAUCUUUUCUUAGUUAAACAUGAUGACAAUUUAACUCGAGAACAAAGAGACACAAUUUUUGAAGAGGAACGUCAAAAAUCAAAGCAACUAAUUAAUAUGCAAAAGAAGAAAAAAUAUAAAGAAAUGAAAAUGAAAAGUGGAAUUAAAGUACCUGAAUUAUUAACAGCAGAUAAAUUGUGUAUAGAAAAAAUGACCAAGGAAUGGAAUAAUGAAAGAGAUGAAACUGAACAUGAAGAGGUUGAAAAUCCACCACCAACCCCAGAAACCGAUUACAAUGAUACCACAGAUGAUCAAAAAGUUAUCAAUGAAAUCUCGGGAAGACAACCUCAAGAAUAUGAUGAAGAGUUUUUGGAUUUAGGGGGUGCCAAUGACAUGGACUUUUUUUGAUUAAUUUAAAAUAUGUAUUUUUAAGUUAAAGUAACACCUUAUUCAAGAAUAUUUUUUGUAAUCCUCGUUUAUCUUAGAUCAUAAUAAAUAAUGACACUGCCAUCUAUCAAUUUUAGUAUAGUACUAAUUUUAAGGAAAAUCAAGCAUCUAAAAUGAAAAAAAAAUAAAGAUAUUAAUCAAAAUAAAACAUCAAAUAAUAAACA